AUGGCUCUUCGAUUUUUCCGCCAGCUCUACUCCCUAGACACCCUCGACACUCGCUUCGUCGUACCAGCCACCGCACCCCCGAAGGAAGCUCUGAGAGAUGCUGAGCUCGACCCAGCGGGUCCACUGCCAACAGAAAAUGGAAAUCGCAAGAGUAGGGGUUCGGGAGAUAACAUCCAACCGUCCAAGGACAACGUCGACCAACAAUAUGCCGGAUUCCGACAGAAUAUACCAGCUCUCUUUGUCAUUGUUCUGCUACAUCCUUUACUUCGCAAGGCCUACGAUAUCUUCUGGAGAGCUGACACCUAUACCAAGGUAAGACCAUCGACAGGCAAUGGAGGUCUUACCAUGGGCCUCACUCCUGCCGCUGCUGCAGAUGCCCGUUUGAACCAACGUGUUUCUUUUGAUGUCAUAUUUGCUUGUAUCUUCCUCAGUGUGUUACAUGGCUUCUCGACGUUCAAGAUUGUAGCCAUUCUUUACGCAAACUACUGCAUCGCGACCAAGUUACAAAGACAAUAUGUCCCUGCCGCCACGUGGAUCUUUGCUGUUGGCACUUUGUUUGCAAACGAGUUCAGCAAAGGCUAUUCCUAUGCCACCAUCUUCGGCAUGUUCCUGCCAGCCUCUGUGUCUGAGAAAGGCGAGCCAGCUACAAACUUUGGUCACACCCUCGACAGCUACGGUGGCCUCAUGUCCCGCUGGGAAGUCCUCUUUAAUUUCACCAUCCUCCGUCUCGUGAGCUUCAACCUGGACUAUUACUGGAGCUUGAACUCUCGAAAUAGCAACGCCCUCGAGAAGAAACAACUCGACCCCUCGAACCUUUCCGAGCGUGACCGCGUCACCAUCUCAGCCAAACCUCAAGACUUCAGCUUCCGCAACUACUUCGCCUAUACCAUGUACUCGCCGCUCUACCUCGCCGGCCCCAUCAUAACCUUCAACGACUGGAUAUCCCAACAGCGCUACCGCCCGCACAGCAUCACCCCCAAGCGCACCACCAUGUACCUAAUCCGCUUCAUCGUGGUGCUGCUCACCAUGGAAAUUAUGAUCCACUACAUGUACAUGGUCGCCAUCUUCCACGCCAAACCCGACUGGGCGCAAUACACGCCCGCGCAGCUCAGCAUGCUAGGCUUCCUCAACCUCAAGCACAUAUGGCUCAAACUACUCAUUCCAUGGCGCUUCUUCCGCCUCUGGGCGCUACUAGAUGGCAUCGACCCGCCCGAAAACAUGGUACGCUGCAUGAGCGACAACUACAGCGUCAUGCAGUUCUGGCGCGGCUGGCAUCGCAGCUUCAACAAGUGGAGUUUGCGGUACUUAUAUAUUCCGCUGGGUGGCAGCGCGAUGCCGGGGAUGUGGGGGCGCGUCAGAGGGGUGGGGAAUUAUCUCGUGGUCUUCACGUUCAUUGCGAUUUGGCAUGAUAUUCAGCUGAGGUUGUUGAUGUGGGGGUGGCUUGUCACGCUCUUCGUCUUGCCGGAGAUCAUCGCGUCGUGGAUCUUUCCGGCGAAGAAGUGGAAGGAUAGCCCGGAUGCGUAUCGCUGGCUGUGCGGCGUUGGCGCGGUGGGCGAGAUUCUCAUGCUCAUGACUGCGAACCUGGUGGGGUUCGCGCUGGGCCUGGAUGGACUGGAUGGGCUGUUGAAAGGUAUUUUCCGAACGUGGGACGGGCAGGUGUUCUUCUGGACGGCAUGCUUUGCACUAUUCACGGGCGCGCAGUUCAUGUUUGAGUGGAGGGAGGCAGAGAAGAGGAGGGGCAUCAAGAUGAAGUGUUGA